AGUAAACAAUUGUCAAUUACUGUCAACUGUGUUGCCGCCUGUGUUCUGGAAUGUGGUGGUAUUGAAUCUUGAUUUAGACUGCGAAGUGCGUGGUAAAACUGUUUUCGUUAUUGAAUUUCAAGAUCUACUACAAAUUAUAAAAAUGGAUUCAAAAUAUACUUCAAUAAGUGGACCGCAUGAACUCAAAAACAAUUUUAAACGAAAAAAUAACAUAAUAAAUUUGAAUGUUAAGAAAAUAAAGCUGGGCAAUGGUAUUAUUGUUAAAUCUAACCCAAACAUUGCAGCAAAUGCUGAGGAUCAUAAUAAAAAUAAAAGCAAUUUGCAAGAAGUCACAGAAGACAUACAAAAAAUAAGAAAGCAACUCCCAGUGUAUAUGGUGAGGGGGAGAUUAUUGGAAGAGAUAAAAAAUAAUCAAACAAUGAUUUUAAUUGGUGAGACUGGAAGUGGUAAAACAACACAAGUACCUCAAAUUAUCCAUGAACAACGGCUGGAAGGCACUGGUGUUAUAGCUGUUACCCAGCCAAGAAGAGUUGCGGCUAUCACCAUAGCUAUAAGAGUUGCAGCUGAAAUGAAAACGGAACUUGGCAGUAUUGUUGGAUAUUCAGUGAGAUUUGAAGAUGUUACUAGUCCAAGAACAAAAGUGAAGUAUUUGACAGAUGGUUUGCUUCUUAGAGAGGCUAUGUUAGAUCCAUUACUGAAGAAGUACUCCAUUAUAAUAUUGGAUGAAGCCCAUGAGCGUACCAUCAGCACUGAUGUGUUAUUUGGUAUUGUUAAAUUAGCACAGAAAGAAAGAAAUGAAAAAAAUCUUAACCCUUUAAAGGUAAUAAUAAUGUCUGCCACUAUGGAUGUAGAUGCAUUUAGGAAAUACUUUGACAAUUGUCCGGUAAUAUAUUUAGAGGGUAGAACGCACCCUGUCACCAUAUAUCAUUCAAAGUUAAAGCAGGAAGAUUAUCAGUACGCAGCUAUCUGCACAAUAUUUCAGUUGCAUGCAACAACUCCGGCUGAUCAUGGAUUCCUUGUCUUCUUAACUGGUCAAGAGGAAAUUGAGACAGUGAUGUAUAAUAUCAAGCAAAUUGCAAAAGAAGCAGCUGGACCUCCAAUCAGGGUUUGUCCAUUGUAUGCAGGUCUUCCGCCAGCUCAACAGCUUCAAGUUUGGAAAGAGACACCUCCGGGAGUCAGAAAGAUAAUUCUCUCAACAAAUAUCGCCGAGGCAUCCGUCACAAUACCUCAUAUAAAAUGUGUCAUCGAUACUGGAGUUGUGAAAGAAAGGACGUGGUGCACGAGCACGGGCGCGGAGCGGCUGAGCGUGCGCGCAUGCGCGCAGGCGGCGGGAUGGCAGCGCGCAGGACGGGCGGGCCGCACCGCGCCGGGCGCCGCCUACCGCCUCUACACCGCCGAUGACUUCAAGCGCCGACCGCACCACCCCUCGCCAGAAAUUGUUAGGUGUCCGCUGGCCCCAACACUACUAAUGCUGGUGGCUGCUGGAAUUGAGCCCACCAACUUUCCUUUGAUGGAUAGUCCUCCAAGGGAUUCCAUUAGUGCUUCAUUAACUCUACUGAAGGAAUUAGGUGCCAUUGACAAUGAGGGUACACCAAAAUUGACAGUAUUGGGACGUAAAAUGUCGGCGUUUCCUAUAGACCCUAAAUACGCCAAAGUGCUUUUAACCGCUACGGAAUAUAAUUGCUUGGAAGAGGCUUUAAGUUUGGUUGCUGUAUUAUCAAGCGAAAACAUCUUCCAUUCCCCAAUACAUAAAAGAGAAGAGGCGUACAAAGUGAAACAGAAGUUUGUGUCACCCCUAGGGGAUCAUAUAACACUACUGAAUGUGUUUAAUGCUUACUGUAAAGCCUCUUUAAAGAAGCAAUGGUGUAAAGAAAAUUAUUUGAAUCAUAAGAAUUUAUCGUAUGCGAUUGAAGUGCGGAAACAACUACUGUCUAUCUGUCAAGGGUUAAACAUGGCGUCGUCUAGUUGCGGAGCAGCUACAGAUCAGUUACUAAAGUGCCUGCUGAGCGGUCUGUUCACGAACUGCGCGUGGCUGCGGAGCGCGGGCGGCGGUGCGGGCGGCGGGGCGGGCGGCGGGCGGCGGUACGUGACGGCGGGCGGCGCGGCGGCGGCGCUGCACCCGGGCGGCGCGCUGCACGCGGCGCGGCCGGCGCCGGCGGCCGUGCUGUACACGGAGCUGCUGCACACGGCGCGCACCUACAUGCUCACCGUGUCCGCCAUACAGCCGCAGUGGCUGCACCAAGUCGCGCCCGACUACGCCAGGAGAUGUCGCGCCAAUCGGUGACGAAUGUCAACCAACGUGUUUUAUAAUGUCAUUUAAUCUUGUUACUAUAGUUCCAAAAUGAUCACUUAUUAUUAUUAAAAACAUUAAUGUUGAAAUUAUAUAGGUUAAUUUAAUGAGUUGUGGUUCUAGUUUGUUAUGUCAAAAUCGUGUUUAUAUUUUACAAUAAUUAGCGCCAGAUUGCUGUGUAGUGAUAUGUCCGACGCACGUUAUUUUAAACGUACAUUUUGUGUCACAUAAAAUCACAGAUAAAACAAUACGAAACAUUAUAAUUCCAAAGCUAAGUGCGGUAUUAAUAUAAUAUGUUCUUAUAUUAUAAUGCAUAAUAAUAUGUGAAUAGCCUACUGUUUAUGUAUUUAAAAUGGUGCUACUCCACUUGGACUACAAACAAGUAUGAUGUAGAUGAAUCUGACCAUAUGGACACUUUCAUACAAAUGUGUUUGUCUAAGUGUUUAUUUCAAGCCAUUUCAAGACCCGUUACUAAGAUGCUUUUCUACAUUUGUUAACGUUAACGUAAUGUAUGAAAAUGACAUAUCCUAGCGAUAGUGCAUCAGACCACAAACAGCUAAAAUAUUGAAAAGGUUGUAUAAUUUUAAAAUGUAGGUAGGUAUUGUAACUUUGACUUUGCGGUUGACCGACGUCGCAGUUCGCGCCUUGACCAUGAAGGCUGCAGUCUUCGAAACGUCGGAAGAAAAUUAUAAUAUAAAAACCGCGAUAAAAUCCGUAAAAUAGUUUUAUUUUAAUAGUGUAUCGUUAGUAUAGUUAUUCCCAUACGUUUUAUAUGUUGUCUAUUAGUGUUUAAUAAUUGUAGAAAUGCAUCUUUAUUACGAACUCAGUACUGUUAUAUUGUUUCCGGUUCCAUCAAUGUUAACUUUACACCAUAAUUUUAAAUAAGUAAAUAUAUAAAUAAAGGCAGUGUUAAUGCUCUAUGUCUAUGGUCUGAAUCAUAAUGUGAAAUGAUUGGUUUAUGGAAUCAUUGUUCAGAUUAUGCUCUGUGCACUUGUGACAGCAAGUUGUAGCCGCACUGUUUGUGUUCAUAACUAUUUGAAAUUGAAAAUAUAUAUUUUACAACAUUUACACAGUUGAAAUAAAUAAAUGUAAAUAGGUGCUCAAUUCUUGCUGAUACAUAGUACUUAUCUCUUAUAUAAAGUGGUAGACAUUUAAAUAACAUUAGUGUUAAUUGUUAAUGUUUAGUGAGUCAUUUCAGAAGCAAUGCAUUUAGUUUUAAUUUUUUUAAGUGAAUGUGGGUUAGUAAAUAGACACACACCCGGCAUUAUAUAUAACUAUAAUUUUAUUAGUUAUUUAAAAAGUUUGCAUUUAGACAUAAAAGUUUUAAAUAUUAUUUUAUAUUUUUACCUUUGGUAUUUACACAGUGUUGAAGCUCUUUGCUUUUCAAUGUCUUUUAGUGUGCACAUAAUUAUGUUUUAAUUUUAACUUACGAGUAAAAUAAACACAUUUAAUAUGAAUACUUUCCGAACCCACAUCAAAGGGGGGGUCAAACUGGGGCUUAUGUCCCCGGUGAAGAAUUCAAACUUGGCAGACUAAUAUGCAACUCAUCAUUAACAUAACUUUGACUACUGAGACGUCCAGUACAUUAAAGACAUAAAUAAUUAUUUUCUGCGGGGCGCGAAAAUAUGAUGAGAAAGGUAAAAAUAUAGGUGGGUGGGGGCCGCACGUUUAAGAUUUUGCCUCGCCCCAAAAAAAUUCAAGAACCCGGGGCUGAUACAUACUUAAAAGUUUUUUUUCAUAUGGAUUAUGUGAGACUAUAGUUUUAUUUUUAUAAUUUUGCACGAUGAACGAACAGCGAGUAGAACUAGAAACGAGUUGACGACCAUCGAGUUGCGAGUGUAUAUUUUCCGAUAGUUUUGUCACUGGGCUACAGCAAGUGUACAAGAGCGACGGGCGAUAACUCGAACUGUAGUGGAGAAUGACUGCUGGGAGUCAUUCGGCGAGUGUUCCGACCGCGAAGUGAGGAGCAUUCAACGAGUAAUAUCUUUGAAAACUUGACGCUACGACAAACUAGUAGAGAGGGAGUUCUCGCCGGCAGUGUGAACAGUCAACAAUCAAUUGGUUAUAUAAUAUUAUGUACCUUUUAUUCACACGAGAUCUACGUCUAUUUUACGUUUCUUGAGCGGAAAAAUAGUCAAGAGCACGUCGGUUCCUCGUCGGCGUUGAGAUUAGUGUCUUUAUCAUGGGUAAUGUAUGGAUAAAAUAUUGUAAUUAUUUUAUAACUAGCUUUUGCCCGUGGCUCCGCCCGUGUAAAAAAGUUUUUCGGAAAAAAGUCCCGCUUUAUAUUUUCUCGGGAUAAAAUAGAGCCUAAAUUUUAAGGUAGAUCUCUAUCAAUUUGUCAAUAAAAAGUGCUUUUAAUUCCGUGCGAUAGAUUUUUAGUGAGGCAUGUACAAACAUACAGACAGACAAAAAUUCUAAAAACUGUUUUGGCUUCUGUUGCUCUAAAAAGAUCCCCCUUUUAGUUUUUCUUCGAUAUCUACAAUGUACAGUCACCGGCCUGUUCCAAUUUUAUUAUAUGUAAAGAUUUUAAUAGAAUAUCGUAUAUUCGUAGACAAAGGCAAUGUGUGUAGUAUUAGUAUAUUAGAUGAAUUGUUAAUUUAGUUGUAAUUUAAUAUUAUUAAGGUAUGUUUUUAAAAUUUUACAAAAUAACAUUAAAGGGUUAAUAUUCGCUGUAUGGUUGCUUUAUUGACAUAUUUAAUGUUAUUUUGGUUUGCCAUCGGCAGCGGAAUGCUAACUAAAAUACUAAUAUAUAAAUAUUAGGUUCUGGACCUACUUUAUAUUAUAAUAGAGAUCUAUGGAAUUUCCCAUGGUUGGAAGGCCUGAUUUAUUGAUAAUAAUGCUACGUGCCAGUGGCUAAGGGUGGAAAUUUCACAUAGUAAUACAUCGUCCAAUAACUUGUACUUUUGUCUCACGGUGUCGCUCGCAUGAUAACCCUUGCUGGAAUAAAUACCCACGGGCUCCUUUUUCGGGAUAAAUGUUAAAACAUAGUCUAAGCGGCAAUUCAGAAGGUAUAUUAAUGUGCCAAAAUUCAUUAAAACCGGUACAAAGGAACACAUUUACUUUUAAAAAACAAACUUUCUAAACUAAAACUAACUAAAGUUUCUAAACUUUGCAACGUCAAACUUCGCAAACGUUCACAUUUAUAAUUUACUAAUUUUUGCUAUUUGUUUUGCUCGCUUCGCAACCAGUGCAGGGGUAAAAAGAGGCUAUAGUAGCAUUUCCAAAACUAUGGGUCCCGGACCACUGGUGGAUACUGUAAAAUUUUCAGAGUCCUAAAAGUAGGACAAUACAUCAACUGACGGCGAACAGCGGGACUGCCAUUGACGGACCAUGGACGAGAAUAGUAACUAAAAUUCUUACUGAAACAGCAUUCCUUGUAAUUUAGUAUUGAAAAUGAUUUUAUGACAGCCAAGAGAUGAGUCCAGAAUUUAGAAGUUUUUGUUAGGUUGCAAUCUCCUUUGGCAAUUCAUUUAUAGCAUUCAGGAAUCGGGUAGUAUGCAGUUUAUUAGUGUCUAUUUCCAGAAUCUAGGUAGUCGUUCAACCAAUCAUUGUUUUCAAAUAAACUAAAGAUUUAUCUAGUAAUAUAGAUUAAUAUAGUGUUAAAUUAAUUUUAACUAUUUGAGAACUAUGCACAGAAACGUAGCCGAGUAGAAUCGUAAGUAAUAUGCAUCUGCCCUUCGCCACUGUCACGUGCCCGUAAAAUAAGUGCCUGCUGUUAAACAAUGUGAAUAUUUUUCAAAAUAUGUGACUAUACUGGUACCUACCAAAAUAUGAAGUAAAUACUUUUUUAUAAUAAACAUUUUUACAUGUA